UUCUAUUGCAUGUAAUAAUUAUUUUUUCUACGUUAUUAAGUCGUUACUUUACGCUUUAUCUGUAAUCGUUCUUUCAAAUAAGUAGAUUUGACGUCAUGACUCGCUCGUGCGAUUAUGCAAAGUAGAUGUGCAAGUUGCUCGUUGUAUUAGAUUGUGAGAUUCAUUAUCACGUUCAUUACCAAGAUCUGAAAAUGGAAUAUACUUUUUGGGACUUACCGAACGUGGAGCUAUUAGUUUGUUUCAGAAAAAAGGAAUUUUACGUUCUGAACGUAUUUGCAAGAAUAAGCAUUCAAUGAGUGUAUUUUUCUGAAACAGAAGUUCCGAAAUGGAGAUGCCAUGUCAGGACGUGUCGACAGAAAAAGGGCAUUAGGAGAGAUAUCUGGUUUUUCGGGUCACGUAUAUCCUUCUUUGAUACUUUGCGUUUUAUAUACAUUUGGUCACUGGAACUUUCUUCGUUGGAAUUUUGUAAAAUGCAAGUAGGACUUGACUUUUCUACAACUAUCAAUUGGAACAGUUAGAUAAUGGAGGUCUGCGCCCAUUCUUUGAUGACUCGUUGUGACGGAAAGAUAAGCGGUGUUGACAAGAUAGUUGAAAUAGAAGAAACGAUGUAUACAAGACGGAAGUACAAUGUUGAUCGUGUUUUACCCCAACAAUGGGUGUUUGGUGGACUAUAUCGAGAGACAAAGGAAUCUUUCCUUGUUCCAGUGCCAGAUCGUUCGGCAGAAACGUUAUUGAAGGAAGUGUAAAAUCACGUUCACGAAGGAACAACCAUAUUUUCGGAUUGUUGGAAAGGCUAUAGUACCAAAGAAUUACAAGAAGCAGGAUAUUUUCAUUAUCAAGUGAAUCACAAAUUAAACUUUGUCGAUGCGGAUACCGGAUGUCAUACUCAGAACAUAGAGAGGUUAUGGGAAAAUUGUAAAUGGAGAAACAAGGUACAAAGAGGUACUUCUCGUAAUUAUCUCAACUCGUAUCUAAUCGAGUUUGUGGAGAAAAGAGAACAGUAAAAACGAAGCAUUUUCAGCAAUCUUACAAGACACUGCGAAAUUCAUGCAACCGAAAUGAUAAACUACUAAUGUAAAAACUAAUUUUCAUCUUGAAAAUACAGAAAACGGAAACUAAUAAAGGAGAAGAAGAACGAAAUAGAAUCCUGCAAGAAUGAAAUCCAUUAUUCACUCUUAAGAAUUUUUGUAUUUUACAGGCUUGAACGUUGCGAAUUCCUCUUUUUAUGAAGGAAGUAUUUUUUUUUUAAAUUCAAUACAGUAUUCGUUUUAUUCGAAUUUAACAUAUUAUGCAAUUAUAUGUUUACCAGUACGAAUGAACAGGAUUACGAAUAAAAAACAUUCUUAUGUUAAAGUCAAAUUAAAUUAAAUUUUAUAAAAUUUAUUUCAUGUUUGUUGUUAUUUUCUUGCAGUUGUUCUUUGGAUGAAACACAAAGAUUAGAAGAAAAUAUUUUCCAAGAUUAAAGAAAAAAAUUGUAUAUUAAUUACUUACAUCGAUGCUUUUCAUUGCAAUAUAUAAUUGAAGGAGCAGGAGAGAGAGCUAUUUUAAGGAAUAAGGAUCAAUGGAAAAGCAUGAAGAUAUAAAAGCACUUUUAAAAUGUUUUACAGGAAUUGUUUACUUUAAUAUGUCAGCCUUGAUUAGUUGUGUUUGAAAAUAAUAUUAGUAAUAUGAUAUAUUUAUACUCGAACUUUGUCAUCAGUAAAAUUAGUUUUUUGGUUUGAUACAGAAAUGUGCUUUUCGAUAUAAAAAUUUUAUUUUUAGUUAAAUAUUAUUACUGGUUCUUUAUUGCUUCUAUUGAAGAAAAUUAAUUUAUUACACACAAAUAAAAUAUUAUUUAAAAUAAUUUUUUUAAUUGCAGAUAAAAGGAACCGAAAGAAAUUUUCAUGUAAACACUAUAAGAAGAAUUUCAAAACGAAACAACAGUUGAAAACUCAUGAAAGAAUGCAUACAGGAGAAAAGCCUUACACUUGUGACGAAUGUAAACAGAAGUUUACACAAAGGGGAAACUUAAUUACACACCUUCGGACCCAUACAGGAGAAAAGCCGUACAUUUGUGAUGAAUGUAAACAGAAGUUUACACAAAAGGCGCACUUAAUUACACACCUUAGGACCCAUACAGGAGAAAAGCCUUACACUUGUGACGAAUGUAAACAGAAGUUUACACACAAGGGAAACUUAAUUAAACACCGUCGGACCCAUACGGGAGAAAAGCCUUACAUUUGUGAUGAAUGUGAACAAAAGUUUACACAAAAGGAGCACUUAAUUACACACCUUAGGACCCAUACAGGAGAAAAGCCUUACACUUGUGAUGAAUGUAAACAGAAGUUUACACACAGGACAACCUUAAUUACACAUCUUAGGACCCAUACGAGAGAAAAGCCUUACACUUGUGACGAGUGUAAACAGAAGUUUACACAAAGGGGAAACUUAAUUAAACACCUUCUGACCCAUACAGGAGAAAAGCCUUACACUUGUGACGAGUGUAAACAGAAGUUUACACAAAGAGGAAACUUAAUUAAACACCUUCGGACCCAUACAGGAGAAAAGCCUUAUAUUUGUGAUGAAUGUAAACGGAAGUUUACACGAAGGGACAACUUAAUUAAACACAUUCAGACCCAUACAGGAAAAAAGCCUUACUCUUCUGAUGAGUGUAAAUAGAAGUUUACACGAAAGGAUAGCUUAAUUAAACACCUUCGAAUCCAUUCCGGAGAAAAACAUUAUGAAUGUCAAUUAUGUUCAGAGAAAUUCAUUUGAAACAUAGUCUUGAAAAAACAUUACAAUAUUCAUACUCAGAUGUAAUUUCCUUCAAAUAUAAUCCUAUAACAAAACUAUUUUGUUGAUCGACAGAACUCUGUAUUUAUUAUCACACGAGGUGUUAACAAAAUUUAAAGAUUUCGAAUAUGCUGAAAUUAUCUGUUUGCAAAUUUUUGCUCGAAUACACCGAACAGUGUUUAUGUAUAAGUUUGUUGGAAACACGCUUUUAUCUUAAUGAAUUUCAUUAUCAUAACUUCAUAUCAAUUCCCGAAUUGUUAGUAUGUAAUUAAAAUGUUAUGUAAAACGUUCUCGAAUAAAGAAUUGUUCCAUCGACACUUGUCCGUAUUAAUUUAUUCGAUCUAAUUACGACAAUGCAUAUUUCGGUCUGAUCCUUAAUACAGGAAAUUUUUGUUAGUUCGUAACUGUACUUUUGUUUCGGCUGUGGAUAUAAUAAGAUUCACAUGUUAAGGAAUUCGGUUAGUUCGAAAUUCGAA